AUGGCAGGCGAGGGUGUCGCGGCCAUGAUCGUGGCUGCUGACGCCGGCGACAACCCGCUGGCGGACCGCCACGAGGACUUGAAGGCGGCGGCAGAGCGGGAGAGGAAGGCCAAGGUGGCGAAGGUCGCCUCGCAGGCGACGAACGCGAUGGCGGCAGUGCGGGCGCAGCUCGAUUUGCGGGAGAAGGGGGCAGCAGACAAGGCGGCGAACAAGGCCAACGACGACGCGGGGGCGCCGGUGAGGGCGUCGUCUACGAUGCUCGAACGAGUGUUCGCUGCCCGCCUCGACGGUCCGGACAAAUACGUCGUGGCUCGACGAAAGGAGCGAAAGACGGCUGCUGGGGCUGGCACUGCUGCCGAUUUGUUGGCGGGUUUGGAGAAGAUGACGGACUCCACCGUCAAGAUGGCGAGGAGAGACGGCGCCGACGGCACCACGGUGACUGCGGAGCACAAGGCGCUGCUGGAUGACGUGGCGGUGGAGCAGGGUCCAAUACCAAACAACUCUAACACUCACACGUCAUUUGUAGAAUGGGCGAGAAACUGCGAAGAGAGAUAG